UCAUUCAUGACUUUUCUUCAUUCUGUUUCUUCUUCUUCUUCUUCAUAAUCCUCACUUGGCAAUUUCCUUCCCUCUGCCAUGUUUUUUUCCCGUCUCCGCCGUUGCUUCUCUCAAAAACCCUCCCCUUACACUCCCACUUCUCCUCCGGUUCGGAUGGAAGAAAAAACUAGUUGGACCCGUGGGAUUGAUCAUCAGAAGGAGGAUAUAAGUUGGGGAAAUAAUGAAGAAAAAAGUAGUGUUGCGAUGUAUCGAAUUGAGAAUGAAUUGAAAUCGAUGAACGAGGAGGUGGCGACGCACUGCAGUUUCGGACCGGUGGGUGAUGAUAUUUUCAGGUGGGAAGGUGUUGUAAUUGGGCCGGCUGGUUCUUGUUAUGAAGGAGGUAUCUUUCAUGUUUCAAUUCAAUUUCCCUCCGAUUACCCCUUCACUCCUCCCUCCAUUAAUUUUCUAACCAAGAUAUUCCAUCCAAAUGUAGAGGUAGAUGGAAGCAUUGGGAUGGACAUAUUGAAUGAAAAUUGGUCUUCAGCAUUGACUAUUGAGAAACUUCUACUUUCAAUAUGCUCAAUCCUUUCAAACCCAAUUCCCCAUGGCUCAACCAAUGAAGCUUCAACAAUGUUCCUCAAUAAUUGGCUUGAUUUCAAUGACACUGCAAAACAAUGGACCAAAUUAUAUGCAAUGCCAAAUUGAUAUCUCACCACUAAACAAACCAAUACCCUUUUAUUGUAUAUAUUUAUUAUAUGCACCAACUAGUAUACGUAAUGAAUUAUAUCAUUUAAUUUGUUUUAGGGCUCCUAAAAAGGUUGGAUUUUGAUCUUGGUGCAUAUGCUUUGUGUGUUACUUCUGCCAAGCCCAACAUUGUUCUUCUUCUUCUACUUCUUCUUCUUUAUAUAUAAUGAUUUUAGUUUGUAUAAUUAUUUGUACCAGGUUUGUAUGACGAUGGAUAGAUUCUACCCUCAUUCAAUUUAUUAAUUAGCCAUUUAUUUAUCUUAUUGUAAAUAAA